GCCGUCGCCAGAGCAACCAAUAGUCAGUCGAGUCGAUCCACUCAAGAGAGGUUCAUUGUACAGUGGCAUUAGCUGUGUUGUGAGUGAGAUGCGGUGUUUGUGGAUUAUCCUGGCCGUGGGUCUGCUAGCGCUGCUGGCCGAUGCCGACGCCAAGAAGAAGAGGAAGUUCGAGGGAGAUUUUGAAUUUGCAGAUGAGGAUGAAUCCAGAGUACUAAGUGGGAAGACCGGAGAGAAGAAGCGAUGGAUCCAUGACCCUAACAGUGAUCUGUGUCACCCGCUGAACUGCAAGAAGAAGGAGCUUUGUCUGUUGGAGGACGCCUUCACCGCUGUCUGUGUCAGCAAGAAGGAACUUCACAAGAGUGGAGACAUCGUCAUCCCCAAGUCUAAGCUACAGGAGGAGACCAAGCAGGAGCCUGAUGAUGUGUUCUAUGACAGUGAGGAUGACUCUGAUGAUGACGAGUCUGACUCCCAGGACACGGCAACAUUGGAGUGCUACCCUUGUCCCAUAGUGAAGCCUACGUUCCUCUGUGGUACAGACAAUCGGACGUACAGCUCACUCUGCAGGCUCGACUACCACAACUGCUUGCACCACACCAACAUCAAGGUUCUCUGCAAGGGCUUCUGUCCAUGCAAAGAUGGAGAUGUUCACAUGAGGAAGAAGCAGAAGCAGGCAGAGAUGAUGUCCAACUUCAUGACCAAGUACAAGAACACCGUUGGAACUGACAAACAGAAGUCUGACAAGUCACAGUCUGUAGCUGACAAGUACACAUUCACGCCUCAGGACUUCAAAUAUGAGAACAAGCACUACAAGUACAUCAAGUACACCAAACAUGACAAUAAAAUCUCCAAGCAGGAUGUAUACAGUGUGACCAACCCACCCUACUACGAGGACAAGGAGCGCAUGCGAGGAGACAACGAGGUGUUUGACACAAAGCCAACGUCCGCAGCCGGAGCCUGGACCAAGGACUGCAGUCCUGCAGCUCUUCAGGCAAUGGGCGACCGUCUACUGGACUGGUUCAGUGUCAUCAUGGCUGAUGCCAAGCGAAGGCGCACCCACAACAAGGGCAAAGGUCGGUUCCCCGUGAGUUGCAAGGGAGAGGUUCGUUGGAUGUUCCAACACCUUGACAUUGACUCUGACUCACAGCUGUCCCUGCAGGAGUUGUACGACCUUGAACAUGACCAGAACGAACAUUGCAUCAAACCCUUCCUGGACGCUUGUGACACUGACAGAGACAUUUUUGUGAGCCCUCAUGAAUGGUGCAAGUGCUUUGACAAGACUGACAGGCCGUGUGCUGCAGUGAAGAGGAGAAUCACAUCCAACAUUGGUGUGUACGUGCCUGAGUGUGACAGUGAGGGCUACUACCAGGCAACGCAAUGUCAUUCCUCAGUCGGCAUGUGUUGGUGUGUGGACAAACACGGGGUUGAACUGCCCAACUCUCGAACCCGAGGAAAACCCAAUUGUGAAUCUCUCAUAGGAAAAAACAAGCCAGCUGCUAAGCUGCCACCAGUUGAUGAGCUCAACAGCGACAAUGAUGAUGAUGAAGAUGAUUCAGACCAAGACCUCGAGGGCAGUGCAGACCAGCCCUUAGACUUUUAAAUAAGCGAUCAUUGUGCCAUCAGGUCCUCUCACAGUGUCUGAUGGCGACAGAGGGGUUGUGUUCCAGCUGUUGUGUUCCCCAGACCAACGAGGCAUGUGUGUGAUGUGACCCACCAUACAUAUGUAGUAGUCGACCAACAGUUGGAAUCAAAGGACCGUGGCGCUUACAGUAGAAACUCAAAUCACCAUGUUCUAAAAUCCCUCUCUUCACUCAUUUCAAAUUUUUUAAAUCAUUAGAACUAAAGAAAUGAAGUAAUGUUUUGCACUCGGAAUAAAUCGUAUUAAAGUAAUUAAUGUUGUUAAUAGGCUGAAAAUUGUUUGUAUUCAUAUGUUUAGGCUAUGUACUUAUUAUUUUGAUAAGCUUUACUUACUCUAGGUGGAGUAACUGAUAUUCUGUUAUUGAUGUUUUAUGUUUGACUGCUGUAAAUGCCUAUAUUUCAUUUCAAAAUGGCAAAACCAGUUCUUAAGCGACUGUACUUUUAUCUGAUAAUUAUUUAAGUAAUUUUGCUUAAAAAGUUUGGUUUGGAAAACAUUCCCAAUUAUUUAUUUUGUUUUUUGUAGAUAAUAAAACUAGCCGUCCGCUGUCUUUUUAUAUUUAUUUUUUGUAGUUUUCAAAUAUAAUUUUAUUUUACUUUUAAUGUAUUACGUGAUUAGGUGUAGUUAGUGUUAGUAGAACAUGAGAGUCUUAUAUUUCUAUCCUUACAGUUUAUACUUGUUGAGCAUUUAAAUCCACUUAUUAUUUAAUUGCACUUAAAGCUCUCUAUAACUCUAUGAGUAACAAACUUCACUUUCAGAAUAAAUUAAAUCAUAAACUCAUAGUCUCACUGUUAAAUUAUACACAUUAUCUAGUUAAUUUUGAGAAGUAAAUUUCUUUUCAACCUCAAUUUGAGAUACUUUUGCUUUCGAAACGGAUGUGUGAAACACAUGUUUCUACAUGUAUGUAUUCUAUAGAAUAUGCCAUUGUAUCUGUAUUAAUUUAGCUUUAAAAUGCCAUAAAUAAUCCCAUAUUCGUUAUUGUUAGAACUUAAUAUUUGUUAGAAUUAAUUUGUUUCCAUCUUUUAUGUGAUGUUUGCUGUAGAUUUAACCAUUGGAUACAUUUUUGUAAAUAACUAGAAUUCAACUACGGCUUCAAUUACUUUUAUUUAAUUUUCAACAGAGUAAAUGCAAUUUUUCAACUCAAUCGUUAAGUGCUUUUGAAUGUGUAGUUUGCCCAAAUCUUAGAACUGUGUUUAGUGAGUGUUGUAAAUGUCUAAUAAUUUCAUACAGAAUUGAUUUUUUGACUAACCACUAAAUAUUAGCACUGGAGCAUAUUUAGUAGUUUUACACAUCUAAAAUUCUGUAAAUGAAGAUCAAAUUAAAUUCAAGCUAAAUAUAAUAAACAUGUUCCUGUUAUCGAUCAUUUUUCACGAUUCAACAAAGUUUUUAUCUUACAAGCAAUUAUUUAUAAGGAACUGUUUGAGUGUACAAGUACCUAUAACAACCAAGCACUUGUUAAGUUAUGUUUUUUUUUAUAUAUGCAAAGCAGCUGAACAGUUAUAAAUAGGCUUUACAUAUACCUCUAGACCGUAUUUGUAUGUGGUUGUAGACGAUUAGACACAAAACAAAGCCAGUGCAAUAUAGCAGCAGCUCCCAUGUACUUUGUACGAUGUAUUCUUUCAAAUAGUAUGAAUGAGAUUUGUGUAUUUGGAAGAUAACAAAUAUAAAUUUAAAACUGUA